CCAUCAGGUGUAAACUGACGGCCCUCUCGCGAGCCCUCUAGACUACCAGGAUUUGAGAGGCCUGAUCCUGAAACACAUUUUCAAUGGCGUGGUCUGGAAACGUCCACGUCAGAAAACAAAACCUCGAGGUUAAUUGUGUUCGUUUGCUCGCAGCCCCUGCAGACUUCGAAGUCACAGCGGCUGCCACUGGCCCUUAUUCGGUGCGUUUGGUCGUGUUCGUGCCACCUGUGAAGAAUGGCGCCCUGGACCUUUGUUACAUAACCUUAAACGGCACCGAUGGUGGACGGAGCUUCAGCUGCAACAAUCACGGUGGAAAUGCGUCAACACUUGCACUAAAGGGGCUAGAUCCGGGAAGAGAAUACGUCUUCAGCGUCACUUUUGCCAAUAUGCACGGUGGCUGGGAGAUCGGCACUCGCAAGGUGAUCUCAGUCACGACUACGGCAGCUCCGUUGAAUGCUGACAGCGAGCGGAGGAACAACGCAGCGUUGGCAUAUUUUGUGGCCGGUCUUAUUGCCGUCUUCUUAAAGUUCCCGUACUCUCAAGUCCAGGGACCCAAAUCAGCCUGCAAGAACAAGUUGACACAUUGGGACGGCAUUUACACCGCAUCCAGCACAGACUGA